AGUAUAACCCAACAAAAGCUACAGAGUAGUUCCUCUUCAUCAACAUAUCUUCUUUCGACUGUUGAGUUCUGAUUCUUCAAAUUCAUAUUCUGCUUCUGUUUCUCUUUCUCUUUCGCUUCUUCAUUCUAGAGCAGUUAAAGUACUGUUAGAGGAGUUUUGAUGUCUGUGCCAUUGGAGCAGGGGUAUGUUGGCAUGACAGAGGUUCCUUCAAUGGAAAGCUCUGACAAGUCUACAGAGAGGAACAUUGGGUUGAACCUCAAAGCAACGGAACUGAGACUUGGCUUGCCAGGGUCCGAGUCACCAGAGAGAGAUGGUGUGGAGGACAAGAAUGGGUUCCCAGGCAUGCUCAAGAGUUUGGUAUCUGGGGCUAAGAGGGGUUUCUCGGACGCCAUUGAUGGAGGUUCUGGGAAGUGGGUUCUCUCUGGGAAUGGUGGAUCUGAAGUGGGUUUGUGUAAAGAUGGUGGCUUGUUCUCUCCAAGGGGUGUUACUGCUCCCAAGUCUCUCUCUCUUGCCGCGCCUGACUGCACCAACCAGCAAACGGCUUUGGGUGUCUCUGUUGUCAAAGAAAGUGUCCCACACUCUCCAAAGCCAUUGCAUGAGAAGAAGCCUCAGAUUUCUGCUCCCGCUGCAAAGGCGCAAGUUGUAGGAUGGCCACCAAUCCGUUCUUUCAGGAAGAACUCAAUGGCCACUCAGCCUCAAAAGAAUGAUGCUGAUGCUGAUGCUGAUGCUGAAGCCAAGUCUGAAUGCCUUUACGUAAAAGUCAGCAUGGAAGGCGCCCCAUACUUGAGGAAAGUGGAUCUGAAUAGUUUUAGCACGUACAGGGAACUUUCUUCAGCACUCGAAAAGAUGUUUAGUUGUUUUACAAUCAGUCAAUGUAGUUCUUAUGCGGUUUCUAGUCGAGAAAAUUUAAGUGAAAGUAGAUUGAUGGAUCUUCUUCAUGGUUCAGAAUAUGUGCUUACCUAUGAAGACAAGGAUGGUGAUUGGAUGCUAGUUGGUGAUGUUCCCUGGGAGAUGUUCACUGACUCUUGCAAGAGGCUGAGGAUAAUGAAGAGUUCUGAGGCAAUUGGGCUAGCACCUAGAGCUAUGGAGAAGUGCAAAAGUCGCAACUAGAGCAACGCUGUGUGCUAUAGUAUUGUCUAUUGAUCCGGAAAGAUAGAAUAUCACGUUUUACGCAUAUGAUACCUUCUUGCUUAUGUAUAAUUCUAUAUACGAGAUUGUAGCGUCCUUAACUUUUUUAGUAGGCAAGAUAUAUUGAUGACAACAUAUUAGGUUGGUUGUAAACGUCUACAUCAUUUUGAUGCAGACUUUUAGGGUUUCUUAGGUUUGUUCUCCCUCACCUUACUUUAAUAACAAUCGUUAAGGCUACGGUAGUAUGUAAAUUUUGUAUUUCUCUAGUAACGUAUUCGUCCUCUCUCUAUAAGUUUAUGCGAGUGAGCAUU